CGAAAAUAGUAUUUUCAUCUCUCUCCAUCUCAUGCUCUUUACAUCCAGAAAGUGCGAGUACUCUCCGUGUUGUCGCCGGCACCUCUCCUCUCAUUGAGGGAGCUCGACUUUUACAUUGCCGGCGAUUGACGCGAAUUUGCUCCGAUCGAUUCGACGGCUGCUGUCGUUCAUUUCUCUUCUAUUGUGCAAUAAUCGUGACCGGCUGCCAAAGAUUAACUGUUUAAGGUUAUGGCUCUUGACAGCGUAAUAACUUCUCCUCAUAGGAGGUCACAGACACAAACAGCAUUUUCAUCUACUGAUCCAAAGAAGAAUCAAUACUCCCGAAGUAAUGAGCUUGGGAGCUGUUCAACAGUACUUCAGCGCCACCGGUUCCUUCUAACUGCGCUUGGCCUCCUAGCUUUUCUCUGCACUGUCUAUCUUUACUUUGCUGUCACUUUAGGGGCUGGUGACUCCUGUUCUGACUUGACAGGGACUCAAAAAGCAGCAUGUUAUGUGGAGCGCGGGAAAGCACACAUGGGCAAAGGAAAACUUAAGUUCUUUUAGCAAAUUGAUGGCUGCAGGCUAAUAUCUUAGUAUAUGAUAAUUUCUUUUUCUUCUGAGAGGCAGGAAUGCCUAUCCAAAGUGUUUACUUAGGUUCUUUGGGUCUAUUGGGUGAUCAUUAGUUUGAUUGUAUUCUUAAAGAUGUAUAAUUUGGUUAUGGGAAACUGUUUGACAUCCGUAAAUAGGUCUAUCUAUUGGGAUGAACUCAACUGAGGGAUGUUGGUGAGGCUCGGGUGACUGUUA